AUGGCUCGCCGAAAUGUCUGGAGCGGAGAAGAAACGAUGGAACUGCUGGAGAUAAUCAAGGAACAGAACUUUAUGAAUCUGUUCGCAACGGCUAGCCGUGGCCAGAAAGACUACGAUGUGUACCGGAUGAUAGAAGAGGAACUACAGAAGAACGGCUUUCAUGGGAAGGACGCGGGACAAAUUUAUCACAAGUGGAAGAAUCUCAAGCGAGCAUUCUACCAAUCGAAGAAGCUAAACAAAGGCCGUGCCAUCUGUGAGUUUGCCGAAGAGCUAGCCGACAUACUGGAGAAACCUUGUGCGCUAAAGCGUCGUGAACCUGAUCCUCCUGUAGAGCCAGUUGAGGGAGAACCAGCUCCAGUGAAGAAACGCAACAACUCGCAGCUUAAAACCAUUCGCAGCCAGAUUGUGGCAAAGCUUGCCAAAGCGCAGAACGAUAACAGUGACGAGUUUGCCAAAAAGUGGAACGAUCUGAACGAUUACGAGUUUAAGCUGUACAAGCGCAAGGAAAAGGAACAGACGGUCAUCAUGAACCGCUUGCUGGACGAUAGCAAAACGACGCUCAUGAGCCGAUGCCGGGAUAUACUGGCCGGACGAACAUUACUGAUAGCUAAAGAAGGUGACAUGGACGAGGAGGAGGAGGAGGAAGAUGAGGUAGAGGUGGACAUAGAUCGUUUAAAUGUAAUCGAAAUAGUUACUACCGACCUGGAGAUCGCACCGGGCGAGGAAGCGACCGUGAAAGACUUUCAAAUGCAAUCCGGUUCAAGUGAGCUGAUGGAGUUUAUUUAG